CUUUCAUUUACAAAUAAAGAAAAUGGACAAAGUAAACUCUUCUCCUCUGCAAACGCCACGUGUCGAAUUAAGCAUUUAUGAUAAUGGCAUAAAUAAUCUGAUUAAUAAGCACCCUCAUGAUGACAGCAGUAGCAGUAGUGAUGAUGACGAGGUCAAUUUUAAAAAGGCUAAUGACGAAGUAAUGACAGAAGAUGACACAGAUAUUGAAGAAGAAGAACUUUUCUUGGGAUUGACACACGAGGCCAAUGACGUACCAAAUUUACUCAAACAGAAUAAAGAAAAAAACAAGGAUGCAGGCAGUAAUUAUGAAUUUAAUGCCUAUAUCUGUUCGCAUCAUGAUGAUACCUCUUACCACCCAACUUCUUCCAUGUUUGAAGACAAGGACAAUAGCAAUAAGAAUGGGUUAUAUAACGGUGGCGAUGCAAAAUCUUUCUUGUCUCCUCGAUUUUCAACAUCUGAAGAAGUUUUUUUACACGAUAACAGUACGAUUUAUGAAAGAGCUUCUUUCAAUCGACGUCCUUCACAAUUACAACACGAAAUGAAUACAUUAAACGCUCUAGGCCCACCUUCCCAUGUUUUAAAAGCUCGUAGAUUAUCUAAAACCCCAAUGAAUUCAUCCUCUUCCACCCCAAUUACACCUGUAAAAUCACUCUCUUCUACAUCUGGUAGAGAUAAACGCAAGCCCUCUAUUGUAGACAACUAUUCAAAAGACUUUGGUAAUAAUAGUGCCGUUAGUCCUAGAUUCAUGGCCUUAAGGAAACUCAGCGAAGUAACUACGUUACCUUCACAUUCUAUAUCGUCUUCGGCUGUACCACCUGUACCACAAAUACCCUCUUUGUACAACGCACCAACCGGUGAUCAUGCUACUGCUAGAGACACUCAUCAGAAAAGCGUAUCCAGUAAUAGCAACAACGAAAACGAAAAUAGAGUCCUUUCUCGUAUUGACGACAUCAUUGAGACCCAAUUGCAAUUUCAUUUGGGACAGGUUGUUUGGAGAGCAUCAGAAAGUCAUCUUGAGGCACGUAGAUUUUGGGAAGAACAAAAGAAAGAGAUGUUUGGAUUUGCUUCCACUUUAGUAGAUCGUAUGGAAAGCCAUGUAGAUAUGUCCAGAAGAAUGACAUUAAGUUCGUUGGACCCAGCAUCACAAGCAUCCUCAUCAGAAGAAACAGACUUGGAGAUCCUCCGAAAAGAAUUACACAUGUAUCGAUCAAAAGCACAACGACAAACGUUUGACAUAGAAGUGCUGAAGACAAGAAAUGCUGAAUUAGAGAAGCAACAUGAAAUCGAUACUAUUUCAAUGGCAAAACAAUGGGAAGAUAAGGCUGCAACCUUAAAAAAAUUAAACCAAUUAGAGUUACAACAAAAAAGUCAACAGCAGAUGCGUAGUAGUACCAAGAAAGAGGUGCAAGUGUUCAACCUGGAAACUGAAAAUAGGCAGCUAAAGAAUCAAAUCAAACAGAUGAAGCAGGUGAAUAGACAGCUGCUGGAAGACGUUUCCUCUUUUGAAUCAAGCUUGAAGGGCCGCGAAAGCGAAAUAUCUAAGACAAAGCAGCAAUUAUCUGAGGCUGAGUUAAAAGUCUUGAGUUACAAGCAGAAAAUGGUAGCCACUGAAAGCUCGACAACCACUGCAACGGGUGUUUUGGACUGUAGCGAAGAUUUUGGUAAAAAAGUAUCCAAGGAUAAGAAAUCCGAAAAUUGGGCUGAUAUUAUGGAGUCUGAAGAUGAAGCAAAGAAGAGUGCUGAAGAAUGGGCAACACGAUACAGAGAGUUACAAAAAAAUUACUUUGAUAUUUGCAUGAAGUUGGAGACGUCGAAAAAAGAAGGAAUCUCUGUGGAAGAUGAAAAGAGGAUUUUCGAGUUGGGACAAUCUAUCCUUAAAAAAGAUGAAGAAAUUCGUCAUUUAAAACAAGCUGAGAAUGUUAGCCGAAUUCAAAUGGAUUACAUGCAAUUAGAACUGAACAAAUAUCAAAGAUCUGCCUCACCAUUGUCUAACGAUAUUGAAGCUCUCACUGCUAAACAAAAGAGAGCAUCCUUGUAUCGCUCAAAACGCAAGACUCAGCAUAGAAAAUCAACAGGCUCCAUGAUGAAUAGAAAUAUUUCUUCUUCUCCCCAACCUCCCCACACACCUCAGCCAACUUUGCCUUCUCUCCCACCCCAGCCUAAUCAAACUUCUCAAACUCCUCUACCUAAUCAACCCACUCAACCCAUUCAAUCCACUCAACCCAAUCAACCCAAUCAAUCCACUCAGCCCACUCAAUCAACUCAACCCGCUCAGUCCACUCAACCCGCUCAGUCACCCAAACCUGCUCAGUCACCCAAACCUGCUCAGUCACCCAAACCUGCUCAGUCACCCAAACCUGCUCAAUCACCCAAACCUGAUCAGUUAACCAAGCCAAUUCAGCCGCCCAAAUCUGCUCAAUUGCCCAAAGCUGUACAAUCACCCAAACCUGCUCAAUCAACCAAAUCCGAUCAGUCGCCUAAGCCAUCACAAGCAGUCAAGCCCACCCAAGCAUCCAAACCUAAUCAAUCGCCCAAAGCUAAUCAAUUAUCUAAACCUGUUCAAGCAGCCAAAUCAUCUCAAGCCAGAUCAUCACAAUCGUUAAAGCCAACGCAGGCACCCAAGGCGUCAACGUCAGCACCAGCGAGUGAACCUGACUAUGUUACUGAGGAUGGGUAUUUGACCUUUACUACCGAAAUCAAUGGACAAUUAUCCAAGUAUUCAAUUAAACUUCCCAAGGGAUAUGAACAACCAGCAAAGAAUAAGCGAGAAUCAACCAAGAAUAAAUUAAAUCCAAAUGCUGUUACGUGGAAAUCAUAAAACAUAUAUACCAUUACUUUAAUACCCUUACACUAGUAUAAUAGAUUAGAUAUAAAAAUUCCAUUUUAGAGAAUCUUAUA